CAAUUAUGUCUACCGAAAGACCAUUGAAGUACGCUCAAAACUUCGUUGACUUUGUCAAUGCCUCUCCCACUCCCUACCAUGCUGUGAACUCAGUUAAGUCGCACUUAGUAGAAGCUGGUUUUACAGAAUUGUCAGAAAGAGCCAACUGGAACUCAAAAUUAGAAAAGGGUGGUAAAUACUUCGUCACUAGAAAUGGCUCGUCAUUGGUUGGUUUCACAGUUGGGGAACAGUUCAAGAACGGAAAUGGGAUUGCCAUUGUAGGUGCCCAUACUGAUUCUCCAUGUUUAAGAAUCAAGCCUAUAUCCAAGAAGACUUCUGAAGGCUUUAUUCAAGUCGGUGUUGAACAGUACGGUGGUUUGAUUGCCCAUUCGUGGUUUGACAGAGACUUGUCGAUUGCCGGUAGAGUAUACGUCCAAGAAAAUGACGAGUUCGUGCCAAAGUUGAUCAAGAUCGAUAAGCCAUUACUCAGAAUCCCAACCUUGGCUAUCCAUUUGAACAGAGAAGUUAACACUAAGUUUGAGUUCAACAAAGAAACAAAAUUGGUGCCUAUUGCAGGUCAGGUUGCUUUAGAUAAGAACGAAAUUGCUAGCAAGAAAGCUGAAAAGAAAGCUCACUCUUGUGCUGAUGAUCCUGACUUACAAUUGACUCCAGAACAAUUCGAAUCAGUCCAGAACGUCAUUCUGAGACACAACCAAUCUUUAAUCGAGUUAAUCGCAAAGGAAGUCAAUGUACUGCCAAGCCAGAUUGAAGAUUUUGAAUUGCUUCUUUUCGAUCACCAGAAGUCAACGAUCGGUGGAUUGAACGACGAAUUCAUCUUUUCCCCACGUUUGGAUAACUUGACAUCAUGUUUCACAGCCACGGUUGGUUUAAUUGAGUCCACUGAAUUUUUGGCCAAUCAAAAGUCAAUCUCGUUGAUUUCAUUAUUUGACCACGAAGAAAUUGGCUCUGUUUCAGCUCAAGGUGCUGAUUCCACCUUCUUGCCAGAUAUCAUUCAAAGAUUGACUAAAACCGACUUUGGUGGAAGUCUGAACCGUGAUUACUUCCACGAGACGAUGGCCAAAUCAUUCUUGCUUUCGUCUGAUAUGGCCCACGGUGUGCAUCCAAACUACGGCGAAGCCUACGAAGCCCAAAACAGGCCUCAGGUCAACUUGGGUCCAGUCAUCAAGAUCAAUGCCAACCAAAGGUAUGCCACAAACUCUCCUGGUAUCGUGCUAUUAAAGAAGGUUGCCGACAAAGCCAACGUGCCAUUGCAAUUAUUUGUGGUGAGAAACGAUUCUCCUUGUGGCUCUACCAUUGGUCCAAUUUUGUCAGCCAAGUUGGGUAUCAGAACUCUUGACUUGGGUAACCCUCAAUUGUCAAUGCAUUCCAUCAGAGAAACGGGUGGUACAUUUGAUGUGGUUAGGUUAUCUGAUUUGUUCAAGUCCUUCUUUGAGCACUACUACGAAUUGGACGACAAGAUAAAGUGUGACCUUUAGAUACCUAGAUUUAUAUAUAUUAAUUAUUAUAUUGGUGGGAAAACGUUGCGGCUGGAGUAGCCAACUACAUUUCCAGCAGGGUAGUACGAACAUAUAAUAUAAGUCCCCCAAACUU